GUCAGUGACAAGAUUGGACAAGAUAUUUUGAGGUUGUGUUGCUUUGUUUUUGUCCAUGGUUUUUGUUGAUUGAGCAAAUUGAAUUUUGAAUUACGAUUUGGGGCAUGAAAAAUUAAUUAGAACUAUGAUCUUAUAACAUUUUUAACAUUGGCGAUCUAGUAUUUUUUAUAAUAUUUCUGUGCAACACUAAUCUUAAACCCCUAAGAUGACAUCCUUAUUUGAUCAGUUCGAACAGGCAUCAGUAAAGACAAAAAACGCAAAUCUCACAUCUGCUCAAUUGAGCAAUCUGGGAUAUAUCAAUGUCACAAUGGAUCAAGAGAUUCCGAUUUUUACUAAAUCUAAGAAAGAAUUUUCACCAUUAGAUAAGAUAACACAUGUAGCUAUAUCCAAUAAAUUUAUGGUAGUCGUUAUGGCCAACAAUGUUCUUUUUAGAAUGAAUUUGCAUAAUCCCAUGGAAAGAGGUGAAAUCACAUUGUCCAAAUACACUCAGAACAAAUUAGCCAACAUAUUCUUGGAUCCAACUGGUAAUCAUUUGUUAUUGACGUUUACUCCAAAAAAUGCAAAGGUUGAUAGUCCAGAACUGAUGUAUUUAUCUCGAAAAUCUGAUAAAUUGAAAUCUACUACAAAGUUUCGUGGCAGUGAAAUAACUGCAGUGGGCUGGAAUCAAACAAACGAAUCAAUUGCAACCACUGGUUUGAUAUUACUUGGAACAUCCAAAGGACUUAUAUUUGAAACAGAAAUUGUGGCUGAAGGAGAUAAGUUUUUCUCAUCAAGUUUGGAACAAUAUUGGAAACAGCUUCCAAACUAUUUACCUCUGUACCUUAAUAAGGAGAUUGAAGGUUUGGUUUUUGAUAUUGGAAAGAAUACAGACACUCCAAUUACGGCUUUGGAGUAUUUCCAAGUAUUGGGAACAGACAAAUAUGUCAUUUUUGCGGCGACUCCUUCAAGAUUAUAUUACUUUACCGGUAGGAGUGAGAACGAUGAAAAAUCAUUUUUGCAACAUAUUUUUCAUAAUGUCCCCGAGGAAAAAACAUUUUUCGCGUCAGAGAGCAAACUAAGGUACUCUAAACUUCAAUUUUGGUCAGAGAAUCUAGUGACGCCUAAUACAUUUACAUGGAUAACUGAAAAAGGAAUAUACUAUGGGGAAAUUGAUAUUGCCAAUGACAACGACAUGACUAGCUUUAGCAGCAGAAUUAAGGAACUGGAGUACCCAAAACCGCUUUAUGAAGAUUAUUCAAAAUCGCCAAAAUAUCCCCUGUCAAUUGCGUUAACGCAGUUUCACAUUUUACUGGCAUACAGCGACAGUAUUAAAGGAAUGUGUCUUUUAAAUCAAGAGGUAGUGUACGAAGACCAGUACAAUGAAGCUUUUGGGAAAUUAGUCAGUGUUUUGAAAGACAGUAGAACAGGUCAAAUAUGGGCUGUUACUGAAAAUGCUAUGUUCAGAUUUAGGGUGCAUAAAGAAGAACGAAAUAUUUGGCAAAUAUUUUGUGCAAACAAACAGUUUGAUUUGGCUAAGAAAUAUUCAAGGGGCAAUGAAGCUUGUUAUAACCAGGUAUUGAUAAAGGAAGCAGAUAUGUUAUUUGAUCAAAAACAAUAUCAUCUUAGUGCUGAACGAUAUGCUGAAACACAGUCGUCUUUUGAAGAGAUCUGCCUGAAAUUUAUGCAAGUCGAUCAACCAGAUUCUCUUAAGAUUUUUCUAAGGAACAAAUUAAGCACUUUAAAACCACAAGAUAAAACUCAAAUAACGAUGAUUGUCCUUUGGGUUGUCGAAUUAUAUCUAACAAAACUUGAAGAGAAAAGAUUACAAGGUUUAGAAAAAUCAGCUACAUACGAUGAUAUACAAAAAGAAUUUGAAACUUUCUUGGCUUUAAGAGAGGUAGCAGAUUGCAUACGAAAUAAUAAACAUACUAUAUAUGAGCUGAUGCAGAGCCAUGGGGAUAAAAGUAAUCUUAUUAAACUGACUAUUGUUAACAAAGAUUUUGAACAGCUUGUCCGCCAGCAUAUUUUCAAAAACAAUUUCCAUGACGCAUUGGAAGUUCUUAAAAGUCAAAAUAAUUUGGAGUUGUACUACCAGUUCGCUCCGAUUUUGAUGCAAGAGAUUCCUAAGCAUAUGGUUAAAACACUAAUAGAGCAAGGAAAGAAACUGGUACCAUUACGUCUAUUACCGGCAUUAGUUUCCUGCAAUGGAGAAUUGCAUGCUCUAGAAGCUAUAAGAUAUUUAGAAUUCUGCAUUACCAAAUUGAAGAACAUUGAUAAGGCAAUUCAUAAUUUCCUUGUCUCCCUGUACGCUAAACACGAUCCCCGGAAAUUAAUGGACUAUUUGAAAUCACAAGGGCAGGAGUUAGGUUUGAUAAACUACGAUGUCUACUUUGCUUUACGUCUAUGUACAGAAUGUAACCUAACAGAAGCUUGUGUUGAAUUAUCUGGACUGUUGGGUCUAUGGGAAUCAGCAGUCGAUUUAGCGCUGAAAGUAAACCUAGAUUUAGCUAAGAAAAUGGCUAACAUGUCACCUGAUAAUGAUACGGAAUUGCGAAAAAAGUUAUGGUUAAAAAUAGCCCAACACGUCGUAAAGGAAAAAGACGACAUUCAAGAAGCAAUGAAGUUCUUACAACAAUGCGAUCUUAUCAAAAUCGAGGAUAUUUUACCAUUCUUCUCCGAUUUUGUCACCAUAGAUCACUUCAAGGAUGCCAUUUGUAAUUCCCUAAAUGAAUACAAUCAAUACAUAGAAAUUUUAAAAGAAGAAAUGGCAGAAGCGACCAAAUCAGCUGAAGAAGUACGCGAAGAGAUCCAUUCUUUUAGAAACUGUUACAUGGUGAUAAAUAGCGAUGAUAAAUGUGAAAUCUGCAAUGUUACUCUUAUGGUGCGACCGUUCUACUUAUUUCCCUGCCAUCAUAAAUUUCAUUCUGAUUGUCUCUUAUCAGAGUUGGAACCUUCUUUAGGACCAACGAAAAAAGCAAGAUUAGCAGAUUUACAGCGACAGGUGAAAACGUUAAAUUCUCAGAAUAAUGUAGACAAUUUAAGUACAGGUUCUGCAGGUAUAUCAGCCAGGGAACAAGCCAAAACAGAGAUAGACAAUAUCAUAGCUUCAGAAUGUUUAUACUGUGGCGAAAAUAUGAUAAAAAAUAUUGAUAAACCCUUUAUUGAGAACUACGAUUAUGAUACUAUUGCAAAAGAGUGGGAGUAAUUAUAAUAACUUGCAUCUUGCAUAGAACAUUUUUGAUCAUAUUAUCGGAAACAUACUGUACAUUGCAGACUUUUGUAGCAAUAACUGGGCUUUAAGUAACUUUUAAAAAGUCAACAUGAAACCAAAAAAAUGUUAAGUAGAAUGAAAUAUUAUUUAUUUUUUAUUUAUAAUUAUUGUGAUUGGUAAUAAAUCUAAUUAUAGUGUGUCCAGUGAAAGUACAAUAUGAUCGAAAAAAACCGCGUCAGCGAUGGCUACGAAAUGAAGAUCGCUGUCAUUUUAUAUGUAAAAUUAUAUGAGGAAUGUCAUCGAUGUUCGUUUCCAAGCCAACUGGACGCCGUUUUUUUUUUCAUCAUACGGUAUAUAAAUUACAAAGCCAAAAAGGUAUAGACAUUAUCUAAAGUAGGUAUAUAAAGUCUGUCUAACGAGCCAGGGUAGAUUUUGACAGACUACAUCCAAAAAAUGACAGAAAAUACAAUUUACCUGCGCAUAGAAAUGACAGACAAUAACUGUCACUGUCUUUUCAUCGGGCUAAUGAAAGAAUACCAGGACCCGUAACGCCAUAUACGUGCUGUGGGAGAAUUUGUGUUGUUAGAUGCCAUUUUUUUUGGAGAAACGGAUGUGUCACUAGCGACGAUUUUAACGAUUUUAAUAGUUUGUUGUGUGUAGUGAACUUUGUAUAAACUUUAUUACAAUGGUGAUUUGUUCAGGUUUCAAGCGUAAAAGCCGCAACGAUAAGAAAGAGCCAGGAGUUACGUUUCAUAAGUAAAUAAACAGUCCACUCCAGCAUUUUAGCGUUUUUAUAUUGAAUUGGAUAAUUAUUUUUCUGAUAUACCGGGUGUGUCUCAAAAGUGGCUCACCCCUAUAACUUCUUUAUUUUUUCAGAUAAAAAAACGAGAUUGGUGUGUUAGU